GGAGACAUGACGAGUGAGCUGCUGGUUUGCUGACGUGCAGCCUCUGAUGGGAGGUUUAAAAGUCUAAUGUGAGCGAGUGGGUCCCAGAGCUGAGGCUGAGGCUGAGGCUGAGGAUCAGGAUCAGGAUCAGGAUCAUGCGGAGCUCCAGUCUGUGUCUGCACCGAGAGGGAGAGACAUCGCUCACAGCCACCAGUAUGAAGCCAUCUCCUUGCAUCCUGACUCUGACACUCCUGCUCCUCUCCUGGGGUUGCUUCUCGCAAGGUGUUCCAGCAUCAUCCCAAGGGCUUCCAGUAGAUCAGGAGUUACGUUUAUGGAAUGAGAUAGAUGAUGUGUGUUCUUCCUUCCUGACUGCAAAUAAUCAGGCACAGGUAUCAACUGUAUUCGAAGAACUCUGUUACAUGGCUACGACAGUUCUGCAGAGAAUUCAGGAUUCAAAAGAAAAGGACCAGACCAAAAGGUUCUUAUUUCAUUAUUCUAAGACCCAUGACUCUGGCAACUCUGAUUUCAUGUCCCCUAUCCUGCAUCCUUUGCUGCAGCUUGUCCCUGAACUUCAUGAGAGAAGAAUGAAGAACAGCAGAGGUGACGAAGAACUUCAAGGACCAAGUGGAAUUCAAAGUCGAGGCUACUUUCUGUUUAGGCCACGAAAUGGAAGAUCAUCUGGUUUUCGUUAAAAGGAACUCAGGCGACUACAAAAAAGGUUUGACAUCUACGCUGAAAUCAGUUCUUGAUGCAGAAGCAACUGCAGUCUACACCUCUCUGAAAUUGUGUUGUUUAAUAAUUGUUAAAUAUCUGUUUAUGUCUUUUAAAAAAAAUCUUUAAUGUGCAUGUUAAGUUAACAAAUUUGAUGUAAGCUGUUGUUUUCGUAGUUAAUUAAAUUUUAUUAAAAUUGA